AUGGCUACUCAACUCAUGAACGAUGCCUUGCACGGCCUACUCCGAAGAGCCGCUGAGGACUCUGAUCCUGAUGAUGCUCCCGAAGCAGGCUCAAAGGAGAUGUCGAGCUCCUGGGCAUUGUUCAUUAUGAUCAUGCUCUUGAUGUUCGCCCUUUUCACAAGUUACAUCCUCCAGCAGAAGAAGAUCCAAGCUGUCCAUGAGACCGUGUUAUCUAUUUUUGCAGGGAUGUUUGUUGGACUGAUCAUUCGUUUAACGCCCAAAUCCACCCUCCAAGAUAGUGUUGCCUUCGACUACCAAUUCUUCUUCAAUCUCCUCCUCCCUCCGAUUAUUCUCGCGUCUGGAUAUGAACUUCACCAGGCGAACUUCUUCCGCCAUAUCGGCACUAUCCUCACAUUCGCCUUCGUCGGCACUUUUAUCUCCGCGAUCGUACUCGGGCUGGUUCUGUACCUGUGGACACGAAUCCCACUCAACGGUCUGAACAUCUCUUUCGUCGAAGCUAUUUCUGUCGGUGCAACACUCUCCGCUACGGAUCCCGUCACUAUCCUAGCAAUCUUCAACCUCUACAAGGUCGAGCCGAAGCUUUAUACUAUCAUUUUUGGCGAGUCAAUCCUCAAUGACGCGAUUGCUAUUGUGCUUUUCGAGACGGCACAGAAGUACGCCGAAAGCGCGGCUGGUACUUUGACCUUCCUCAACUUGUUUGAGGCCGUCGGGCUGUUCUUGCUUGUCUUCUUUGGUAGUAUGGUGGUUGGCAUGUUCGUUGGAAUCGCCACCGCGCUGGGUCUCAAGUACACCCUAGUGCGGCGCAUGCCCAAGAUUGAGAGCUGUCUCAUUAUUUUGAUUGCAUACGCCAGUUAUUUCUUCUCCAAUGGCGUGCAUCUCUCAGGCAUUGUCUCCCUCCUCUUCUGUGGAAUCACCCUCAAGCAUUAUGCCUACUAUAACAUGUCGCGUCGCACGCAGUUGACAACCAAAUACCUAUUCCAGGUGAUGGCUCAACUCUCGGAGAACUUCAUUUUCAUUUACCUUGGUCUUGACCUUUUCGUCGAGGCCAAUCUCCAAUUCAACCCACUGUUCAUCCUGGUGGCGGUGUUUGGUAUCUGCCUUGCGCGCUACCUCGCGGUGUUUCCGCUUUCCAAAGCUAUCAAUUGGUUCAUUCGGUAUCGCGCACGUCGCCGUGGCAUUGAGGUGCCCGAUGAGCUACCUUUUGCCUACCAGGCCAUGCUCUUCUGGGCUGGACUACGUGGUGCUGUCGGCGUUGCGCUAGCAGCGGGUCUGACCGGUGUAAAUGCUCCAGCGCUCCGUGCAACGGUCCUUGUUGUGGUCGUGCUCACCGUCAUCAUCUUUGGUGGAACCACAGCGCGCAUGCUAGAAAUUUUGGGCAUCCGUACAGGUGUGGUUGAGGAGCUCGACUCGGAUGACGAGUUCGAUAUAGAGGUCACCCACGGCGGUACCUACUACAAACGGUCUGGCGCAGCCCUGGGUUAUACCCCACGGCGCACCGACUCGACCAUCCCAAUGGAUGGCCUCACCACAGCUCCGCGUGCUGGACUCGGGGAGCGAGCUGAUAGCUACUCAAGUGGAAACAAUCGCCGCCCUGGCCCCCCAUACACCCAUGCCCGGAUGUACUCGGCCGCCUACAGCAACAAAGAUCAAUCUUGGCGUGACCGCCAAUCUGCCGCAACAUUACUCAACGGCGGUGCUGACCCGAGUCCUGGAGAUGGCAGUGACGACGAGUUCGGUCUCCCGCCCACAGGCAGCAACCGCAAUGGCCCCACCCAUCCCGACGAGUUCGAUCUCGACAUCGAGGGCAUCUCCGACGACGACCUUCCACCCGCAGCAGGCGGAGCCUCGCGUCUCCGACGCUCUGCCUCCCAGCCCCCUCGCCCCGCAAGCGUGCCAUCCCCUAACGCGGCAGCAUCUACCAGUGUCUCGCCCUCGCGCCAGCCCACGGGUUUCACUGCUCGGGAGGCUUUACGAGAUUUGUUCUCGGGUGGUGCAUCGGGCGAUCACGCGGCUUGGUUCCGGCAGCUCGAUGAAGAUUAUAUUAAGCCUACCCUGUUGCUGGAUCAGUCGAAUCACAGGGGACCCGGACCUGGUGCUGUUUGA